CUCUUAUACAGCCGCGUUUGUUCAUACACCAAUGUGGUGUAGUUCAGUGUCAGUUCUAGUUAUCGCUGUUGUAAAAACUUGACGGAAUUAUAUCUUGUUAUUAUUAUUAUAUAUUUACCUCCUAAGUGAAAAACAACAACAAUGUGUGGGAACACCGACGAAGAGGAUACAACCGAUAGCGGUUAUUCAUCAAAAUUCGGUCCACCUAUUGCCUAUGAUCCAACUUUCAGAGGUCCAGUAAAAAGCAGAAACUGUACAGAUGUCUUCUGCUGUAUACUGUUUGUCAUAUGUGUUGCUUCCAUGAUUGGGGUGUCAGUUUUUGGUUUUAUUCAUGGAGAUCCUCGCCGACUAUUGUACCCCACUGACAGCAAAGGAAAUAUUUGCGGUUAUGGAGAAUUCGUUGACAGACCAAAGCUUGUUUUCUUUGACUUACUCACUUGUUCAAAAAUGGGUAGAGAUGUUGAGAGCCUUGGAUGCCCCACACCUCAGGUGUGUGUUAAAGAAUGUCCCACUGAAAAUUAUGUCUACUUGGAGUCUGCACAGGAAGAAAAAGCAAACAGAAAUAAAAUACUUCAGAAGGAACGUGAACGCCUUAUUUGUAAAUAUGGUGUUGAUCGUAUGAGUGAAAACAUUCAGGACCUUGUCAGCCAAGGACUUUGUACUGCUUAUUAUGUGAAAUCAAUUUCAGUUGCCCAUCGCUGUAUCCCUGCUGUGUUUAAAUCAAAUAGCAUGUAUGAUGUUCUUCAAAGUGGCAAUAGUACAGUUAAAUUGAUGUCUAAAGAUGGUGACAAAAUCACACCAAAUGCUUUGGCUGAAGCAACAAGAUACCUCAUUGAAUUUCACAAAUUUCAGGAAUAUGGAGAGAUGAUAUUCAGUGACAUUAAAAAUUCCUGGCUCCUCAUUGUAGUAUGCUUCCUGAUUGCUGUGCUGAUAUCCUUGGUUUGGGUGAUUUUACUGCGUUGUAUUGCAGCUGUUCUUGUUUGGGUGACACUUAUUGCUUUCUUUGCAUUACUUGGAUUUGUCAUUUACUAUACAUUCAAUACUUAUGUUGAACUUAAAAAUUCUGGUAAAGAAAAUGAUUUUGGUCUCACUCCUGCAUUUGCUGGCAACUUUGAGUAUUACCUUGGUUUGGAACAGACCUGGUUGGCCGCUGGUAUCAUAUGUUCAGUUAUAUUUGUGGUGUGUUUGCUUUUGCUGAUAUUUGUGGCUAAGAAAUUGUGCCUUGCCAUUGAACUCAUUAAAGAAGCAAGUCGUGCUUCAACAGCCAUGAUAUUCACAUUCAUUUGGCCAUUUGUGCCAUUCUUACUGGAAGCUGGAAUUCUCUUUUAUUGGAUUACCAGUGCAAUAUAUCUUGCUACCAUGGGCCGACCUGAGACCUAUCGUAAUGUUGUCAAUAUUAGCCAUGGAAUGAAGAAUUUGUCCAGAAUUCAUUGUAAUAACCACAAUGGUAAAUUCGUUGAGGAUAUGUGUGACUUUGUUCACUAUGGUGAUAGCAAAUAUGCUGUGGCCUUUGAGGUAUUCCUUCUGUUUAUGGUAUUCUGGUUAAUCAGUUUUGUUACUGCUCUCAACCAAAUGGUCCUUAGUGGUGCUUUUGCCACUUAUUACUGGUCUUACAACAAAAAAAUGGACAUACCAACAUUCCCAAUCCUGGCUUCAUUUGGACGAGCUAUCAGGUACCAUCUUGGUUCUCUUGCCUUCGGUUCCUUAAUUGUCGCCAUUGUGAAAUUCAUCAGAGUCAUCCUUGAAUUCAUCAGCUACAAACUGAGGAAUUCACACAACAAAGUGGCCAGGUUUAUGCUGAAGUGUUUUUCUUGUUGUUUUUGGUGUCUGGAAAACUUCCUGAAGUUCCUCAACAAAAAUGCUUACAUCCAGAUUGCCAUCCAUGGUAAAAGUUUCUGUGUUGCAGCAAAGAAAGCAUUUGCCCUGAUUAUGCGUAACCCUCUCAAUACUGUUAUAAUGGACAAAGUUACUGAUCUGAUUCUUUUCUUGAGCAAGCUCAUGGUAACAGCUGCAGUUGCUUUCAUUGCUAUUGCUGUUCUACAACAUGAUCCUAACCUCAGUGAUAUUCAACCUGGAUAUCUGACUCAAGACAAGCCUUUCUCUAUUUUAAGUCUGUCUGUGAUAGUUAUCGGGUCGUACUUCAUUGCAGACUGCUUCUUCUGUGUUUAUGAGAUGGCUGUUGACACUAUUUUCCUCUGUUUCACUGAAGACACAGAGAGGAAUGAUGGCUCUCCUGAUCGUCCCUAUUACAUGAGCACACAGCUGAUGAAGAUUUUGGGGAAGAAGAACAAGUUGCUUAAUAGCAACAAUUCAAAUUAAGCUCUUUACAUUUGCUCAUAUAGCAUUUACCAUAAGAAACAAAACAUUAUUGCAGUUAUACACCUAUUGCAGAUUAUCUUAUGUGACUGAAGCACUCCCAGAGAAAAGCUGGAGUCGUCUUAAUUUAUUUCCUAUCAUUUCUUUUUGUUUGUUCUCGUUUUGUUUUAGUUAUAAGCUAAACAUUUUCUUACACACUACAUUUAAAAAGAAAGUAUAUGAAUUACUUAUUUUUACUCUUUUGUUCUAGUGAAACUAAGUUUUUACAGAUGUUAACAUUCAUAAUUUCUGUUGCCUUUUCCAUUCUAAUUCAUUACAUAUUUAUUUGAGAAUUUUUCUUUUUUGUCAUAAACCCACAUAGUUUAAAGUUCGACCUAGACUCCUUGAAAUAUUCAUUUGAUUAGUAUAAAGAGGAAAUUUUGUUGGUUGAGUGUUCUUUUAAAAAUUUGUUAAGAUUGAAUGUUUCAUUAACGAACAUUGUUAUAUGUAAAGUUGAAAGAGUUAUAUCAGUGUUAUGGAAUAUUGAUUUAUAAACGUAUUCCUGUCUCUUUUCCUUAUACAAAAUCUGUACUAAUGUAAAAAAAAAAAAAGAAGUAAUUUCUUAGUUUGUAGAAAGAUCAGUUUAUAAUAAUUUUAUUGAUUGUUUUAUUCUAUCAAAAUCUGAUCAUCCAUUUGAUGAGUUCCUCUAUUGGAUUUUUAUAUCAACUGCUCCUGACAAAAUCUUUCACUUCAAAUAUCACGUGAAAGUUAAUUAUUCAUCCAUUCAUUGGAGUUUGCUGAAUUUCCAUUUCUCAUUAUCAUCUUUAUAUAUAUAUAUAAUAUCUUUUGAUUGUCAUUACAUUUAACUCUAUAUUUUGUUUAAUCAAUGUAUUUCUUUAUACAUUAAGUAAACAAAUAUUUCUUUUCUUAAAAGUAAAACUGCCACUAUGUUUUCUGUUUUUUUCUUGCCAACUCACUGUGAAUAGAACAUGCUAACUUUAGAUUGAUAAAAAAAAUCUGUACAAUAGAAUUAAUGAGUUAUUUUAAUCCAGUUUUUUGUACUGAAACUGUAAAAAGACAAAUAGACUGGUUUUUAAAUGUUUCUGUCUCAUAAUUUGGAUUAAAGUUUUGUAUUCCUGUAGAUAUCCAUCUUUUCCCUUUGUUAUCAUUGCAUAAGUUGAAUAUUAAUUUCUUACAUGCUACAAAAACAACAAUAUUCUACAAGAUAUUAGUUAAUUUCAUAAAAAAAUUCCAGCAAAUGUUGCACAGUAGAGUGAGUGAGUGAAGCUGCUGACAAACCAAAUCUAGUUUGGUGUUUUAAUUCCCAGAUAGCAAACCAUCACGACCUCCUAAUUUCUGCUGCUAUAAAGCAAAGCGAUGUUGUAAGAAAUUAAUAUUGAAAGAGAUGACUAGUUUCAGUUUUGUUUUCAAAUCAAAAGAUUUUUCUAUCUUCUACUUUAUAGAACUGACACAUUUCUUAACCCACCUACCAAACUCAUCUUAAGUGUUUUUAUCAAUUUGAUGACAAGCUAAUCCACGCUUGCUUAAUGUUACUCAGAUUUUAAUUAACUGACAUUAUGUUAUAUGGAUUAAUUUGUAUUUCCAUUUGAUACAUAUAUAUGCUCAUAGAAAAACCAUAUACAUCUGCUAAUAUUUGGUGUUUUUACACUUUGCCUUCCCAUCUUUUCAAGAGAUGGCUAUCUCACUUGUCAAAAGUUGACCCUUUGCUAAGGGCAUUUUGCUUUGUGGAGAAGUUACUAUAGAUUUGUGAUUAUCUCAGAAACUGUACCACAAAGUAAUUGAAUAUUUCACCAAAUUGCUAACCAGUCUCCACUUUCGUUUCCAAUAUCAUUACAUUCAUUCAUUUAAAUCUUUUUUUUUUUCCUUUCUAAAUACUUCAUAUAUUGAGAUUCUGCUGCUAACUGCUCUAUUUCAGCUGCUCAACCAAAUGUAUGAGACAGCUUGUUUAAUUUCCAUCAUUUCUGCAAAAGCAUCAUUAUAAAAUCAUUAUCUGGCCUUUUCUCACAAACCAUUAUCUGGCCUUAACAAGCAGUGUUUAAGAAAAACUGAAUUGUGAAGUGACUUUUACUAUUCAAAGUCAAUAUAACUUUCUAUUAAUUAACAUUUCACUGAGAUAUUUCUAAAUUCCACAUUAGCUUAAUGUAUUUUUAAAUGACUGGAUAUUCACACUAGUUACAAAUUCAUUAAUUAAAAAAAAAGAAACAAAGUGACAAAUUUUUAUCUCUGUAUCAGUAUUUAUCAAUGUUUGUUUUUCAUUGUAUUCUACAUGUUCAAGAAGUUUCUCCGCAAUUAGAAAUGAAAAACUCUGGAAGAGAUCUUGCACUUGAGAUAUAUAUAAUUUAGCUGAACAUUGGAAAAAAUAUAUAUAAAGUAAAAGCAAUAAUUUGGUUUCAAAAGCUUUUAAUCAAAUAUUUUUCCAUUUAUUUUUAUGUGUGUGAAUAUCUUUGAAUAAAGAUGUCUGCAUUCUUC